UCCGCCCACUUGGCGCGGUCCCUCAGCGGUGUGACGGGGGGGGGGCACGUCCGGCGGCUCUUAAAGGGGGCACGUCCCGGGGUGGGGCCCCCUCGGCGCGGGAUGGAGCGCGGAGCGGCGGAGGAGCCCCUGCCCGUGUCCCCGGCGCGGGGGGGUCGCCCCCGAGCCCCCGAGGUUGUCCGGCGGCAGCGGCGGCGGGAGUUGGACGAGCGGCGGAGCCGCUGCCGGAUCCGCAUCGGGGGGCACCUGGAGCGCUGGUGCCGCCUCAAGGAGCAGCUCGGCUUCGCCCUGCACUCCCAGCUCACCCAGUUCCUGCUCGACAGGUACAGCAACCCCGGUGGCACCCGGAGCUCAGGGGAUCCAGGGGAGCCUGGCCAUCUCCACCCAGCCUCCCUGCAGCGCCUGGUGUUCCUGUCCCACGGGCACGGGCAGGAGUGUGGCUUCGUGCCCGAUGUGCGGCCGCCGGCGCCGGGCAGUGCCGACCCCCUGGUCUGGGAGUGCGUGGCCGGGCACUGCUUCUCCUGGGGGGACCCCGGGGUCCUGGGACACCCCCAGGAGCACCCCCGGAGCUGGAAGACCCCUUGGAUAAGGAGGAGGAGGAAGAGGAAGAAGGAGUGGCCAGGGCAGGAGGGUGGCAUGGCAGGGCUGGGGGAACAGCCCCCCAGGUGCCCCCAGAGCCGUCCCCCCAUGGCAGGGAGCUCCAGCCCCGAGAAGGAGCCUGGGAAUGAGCCCCGGGAGCAGGAGGAGCAGGAGCAGGAGAAGGACCAGAAGGAGGAGGAGGAGGAGGAGGAAGAUGACCUGGCCUACAGUGGUGACCUGAGGGACCAGAGCUACCACCCGGGCCUGGGGGACAAGGAGGGGACUCAUGCAGGUUUUUCCCGUUGCAGCUGCCGGAGGAGGACGCAGGGGAAGGACGAGGAGGAGGCUCAGAUCGGCCCCAAAAGGAUCAGGAAGGCGGCGAAGCGUGAGAUCCUCCUCUGUGACUUCGAGGGCUGCGGGAAAAUCUUCUCCAAGCGCCAAUACCUGAACCACCACCAGAAGUACCAGCACGUGCACCAGAAAACCUUCACCUGCCCCGAGCCCUCCUGUGGCAAAUCCUUCAACUUCAAGAAGCACCUCAAGGAGCACCAGAAGCUGCACAGUGACCAGCGGGAUUUCAUCUGCGAGUUCUGUGCCCGCUCCUUCCGCACCAGCAGCAACCUCCUCAUCCACCGGCGCAUCCACACCGGGGAGAAGCCCCUCCAGUGAGUCCCAGUCCCAUCCCUGCCCUUCCCAGUGAGUCAUUCCCACCAUCCCAGUAAGUCCCAGUCCCAUCCCACCAUCCCAGUAAGUCCCAGUCCUUGCUGCUCCCUGUGUUUCCUGAGCCCUAUCCCUCUCUAUCCCUG